AUGAAGUCAGUUUUUCAUAAUAUUCGUAUUCAACAUUUUCAGAAUCAUCUACUAGCUGUAAAAUCUGAUCAUUUAUUUUCAUUUGUGACAUUCAUUCAUGUAAUAAGCUUGCUUUCAACUUGCUUAAUACGAUUUUGUCCCUCUUUCAGACAAAAGAAAUCUAGUCGCCGCACCCGCUCCCCAGGCAAGCACCACACGCCAUCUAGCGAUGCGAAGUUCAACUACGAUGAGCGCCAUCUAGCGAAAUUUAGAAGCGGCGGAGUGGGAGGCAGUACCACCACCAGAAUGACCCCGCCUUUGCCUGACUUGAGGGUGGAUUUUGCUCCAGAGAGGAGGAGUAGUCAGCAGGUGGACCAUAUCGGACUCCCUUCUAUUGAGAAAAGAGGGAGUGUUUGUUUGAAUAAGUGUCUGAGAGAGGUUGGAUCUCACAUGGACCAAACAAUAAACGCGAUCAACGUGACGACCAAUCCUUUGGAAGCCCAAACGCCACACUUUCCAUCUCCCAGCAAUAAAAAGAAUGCUGCUGCUACGAUCGUGGUGCAGCAGGCAUCGGUCAGCGAAAACAUCAGCACGAUUUUGCUAAAAAGUGGAGCUGAAUUCGUUUCGAAUGUGCAACAGGAGAAGACCAGGAAGAAGGAGGAGAAUAUGAAGCAGUUGCUUGAUGUAGCGAAUAAUCUUACGUUGGAGGAGAUUCACGACUUCGAAAUGCGGUAA